AGCCCACUCAUCUUUGCAUCAAUAAAAUGUGUGAUACUUUAUAUUUUACUACUUUAUUAUAUGUAUAUAAUUAAUUUAACUUACAGUCUUAUGUUUUCCUUGACAUCUCGUGAUUUCAGUGCAUGUGAGUUCCCGAACAUAAUGCGUGAUGGGAUACGCUAGCCUCGAAUACCGCUCAGAAGCGGUAUUCAAGGUAGUGUGGGUUUAGUGUGCAUUAAGGGAACUGCACUUGGGCAUUUUUAAGACACUGGACAGUCUUGCGCACUUACUUCCUGUCGCGUGCACGAGCUCUCAAGUGGCAAGAUCGCAAGUGUAGGUAUUUGGACAAGGCAGAAGAGUACAACUGAUGGACACUUCUGGGCCCCAUGAUCCUUUGCACAGGGAAGUUCUUUGACUUCACAGAAUAGGUACAGGAGGCUCGGAGUUCGAUUUUACCUAUAAAUGUAUGUAAAGUAUUUUUCUAUACUACUGUAAUAUUUAUACGUGUUAGAUUUGGUACAUUAUUAUGGUCAAAAUAACAAAAAAAAAACUUUACAGCUCCUUUUAUCAGUCCAUUCAAAUGUUUAAAAUACAUGUACCCAAUAUACAUUAUAUUUAAUGUAAAAGACCAGCAGUAGGCAACCUUAUAAUGUUACUACAGUAAAUGAUACAAAGAGUAAACCAGGGGGGAAAAAAAGACGAAGGCGCCUCGUUGAUUGUCUCGUUAAGAUGAUGCAGAGUUUUUUGACCGCUACACCCUUCAUCCCUUCGAAGCUCUCACUCCGGAGGGUAAACCCUUUGAAGGGAUUAGGGCAUAGGGAUGAGCCCUUACGAAUGGAACGCAGGGAGUGUUUACAAGUUGUUUCUUACCAAACUUCAUCAACAUAAGGGCAGAUCCAUCGAGUGCAGCUGUGAUGAUGCUGUGAAGUGACGCUUCAGUGAUCAUGAAUAUCCCAAUAUACAAAUAACAUUUCCUUCGAUUCCUCCAUCCUCGUUUUCUUUCCUUGCAUCACUCACUAACAUCCCACAGGGGGUGGAGUUGAGACGCGAGGAAAGGAAAUGAGGAUGCACAAAUAAGAAUUGGGAAGCACCAACUAUGUUGAGAUGAUUUCUUAGGAAUAGCACAGACAAAUAUCAUCAUAAUUAGUCAGAUUUGAUCUAGAUAAGAUACAGUAUACAGAAGAUUCAGUAUUUCUGUCAUGUAUUUUGCAAUGCAAAUUUGUAUGGGAACAACAGCACAACUAAUGACAACUAUGGCAUUGUGUCAGUAUAACUAUUUCCAUGUUCUGGUUUGAGGUUGUUAAAGGGCUUUGGGCUCCACAGAUCAGCUGUAAAUGUCACAGUUUUCUGGAAUUAAGCUCAGGUAUGAAAAUACAUUCAGUGUCCCAUUUUUGUUGGGGAAAUAUCUGCUGACUAUUGAUCCAUCUGUCACAUUCACAUUGUUCUUAGUCCACGAGACUCUGACAGGUGAAGGGACGAAUCCAGAAAGAGGACAAUCAGGGUACUGACAUAUUAUUAAUUUCACAUAGUUUCUGGGAUAAACUGAAGUCCAGGGAUUCUAAAAGAUUUAAAAACCUAUUUAAUCCCAAUUCUCUGUAUUUGUACCAAAAUGUUUGCACAUUUCAGAUCCUUCUUAUUGAAUUGAAAAGUUCAAAUGUUUACAUCAAAUUAGUUUAAGAUAGAGUUGAGUAAAAAAUUACAGCUUACCAAAAGUUUCAGUUUUGGAGCAUACAAUACAGCAUCAGUGGGGUUAACAUUAUGCAGGGGAAAUCUAAGCUAAAUUUAGCAUACACUGUUAGUAUGAAAACUGGUUUUGCCUUUUCUAAGUCCAUGUAUGCAGCACACUGUAUUCAAAGUCACAACUACACAUAGCAGCAGGACUUCAGAAAUGCAGUACAAUCUUGUGUUUUUGUAUACUUUAUUUAAAGCAGUACAGGGAAAUUAUGGAUAUCUCCAUGUUCUCUGUCGAGUACCUGACACUCAACAAAACACUGAAUUUAUCUUCUCGGUCAACUACAACAUGAUUAAAUAUUUGAGAUAUAACAGCACCGAGAAUAAGGCUGUUGGUUUCACUGAAUUUGGAGAGAAACUGGCAGAAGAGUAUAAUAAUAAUACGCUUUUACCCGCACAUCAAGAAUUUGUGCUGGACCGAUGCAAAAAAAUUGGAGAUGUAAUCCUUAAUUUAGGGUUGACAGCACCACCAGAAGUCAUUAUCCGGCUGGAUAGGGAAGCUAAUGGGAAUCAGAAAGCUGUUCUGGUGUGCAGUGCCUAUGACUUCUACCCCAAACCCAUCAAGCUGACGUGGAUGAGAGAUGAUAAAGAGGUGACAGCUGAUGUGACCUCCACAGAGGAGCUGGAUGAUGGAGACUGGUACUACCAGAUUCACUCCCACCUGGAAUACUUUCCCAAACCUGGAGAGAAGAUCUCCUGUGUGGUGGAGCACGCCAGCUUUCAUAGACCCAUGGUCUAUCACUGGGAUCCUUCUCUAUCUGAGUCUGAAAGGUCUAAGAUAAUUCUUGGGGCUGUGGGGCUGGUGAUGGGGGUCGUGAUGGCAGCCGGAGGACUGAUUUACCAUAAAAGAAAACAAACAGGCUUUUAUAGACUUCCAGUUUGUUUGCUUCCACUGCAAACAAUGGACGGUGAUGAACAGCAGUAAGUCACAACAUCUGGGACUGCAACAUCUCGAGAGAUCCAUCAUGAGGACUGUACGACAACAAUCAGGCAUCUGUCACCUGCGCCACAUCUUCUGAUUGUCCAUGUUUAUUAAGUAGUCAAUUACAUAAACUCUUCACUGUCACCUCUCUUUGGUUAUUGAUUUUCUGCUUGGCUUAUGAUUCUCAAUUUUGUGUCUUCUGAGUCCCUAAGAUUCGCAUUUAAAAACUUUUGCAAAUUUGUGGACUGCUUUAUUACAUUUUUAGUAAAAGUAUAUGCAGCUGCAUAUAUCGUAUUCAUCUAAUUAAAUAGCCAGUAAACUGGUGUGACUGGAUUUCUCAAUAUUUUAAAACAUUUCACACAUUUGAGCCCAUCUUGCCAUUGCAUGUGCUAUGAUGUCAAAGGCAGAUAGUCCAUUUAAUGGGUUAAAUCACCCAAAAAUGAAAAUUCUGUCAUUAAU